UUAGCUUUAUUUGAUCACAUAUCAUUGACUAAGAUCGUCGCUUUCGUGCGCAUAAAAUUUGAUUUGAUACUUUGUAUUUCUCUGUACCUCCGUCUAUAUGUAACAUUUCGCAUUUUACACAGUAUUGUCACGUGAGCACUAAAAAUUUAUUUCACCCAACUUUAAGUAAAACAUGAGGAAACCUAGUACUUUGUGUUCUUGAGCAAUAUUUUAAACAUAAAUCAGUGAAUUGAAACAUUUAAAAAAUUAUUCUUUUUUUUAAGUAUACAAUCUUUAAAUAUUUUAUGCAUUAUUUUAACUUUAAUAAAAUAUUUUUAGAUACUUUUUUUUAUUAAUGUCUUCAACACUUUUAAAAAUAGCAAUUAUUGGAGAGGGAGUUAUAGGAGUAAGCACAGCUUUGGCUAUACGUCAAGCAUUGCCUACAGCUGUGGAAAAAGCAUUUGGUAGUAUUGUUUACAAUUUUCGAUGGCUAACUCAACGUGAACUUUCUUUGAUUUGUGCAAAACCGGCAAAAUUUGGUAUUCAUUAUACAGCAUAUGCUGCUGAAGGCCGACGUUUUGUGUCCUAUUUAAAAAACCAACUUGGCAAUACUGUGGAAUACAAAACUCAAAAAAUUGAAUCGAUUAAAGAACUUGCAAAUCAAGACUUUUCAUUAAUUGUAAAUUGUGCUGGUUUAGGAGGUGGAAAAUUAGCUGGGGAUGAUGAAAAUGUUUUCCCAAAUCGUGGAGUUGGAAUUGUUGUGAAAGCUCCGGGACAAUCACAUUUUUGCUAUGAAGAUGCAGAUACUUUUUGUAUUCCAGUUGUUGGUGAUGACCGUGUUUUGUUGGGUACUUUACGUCAAGAUAAUCGUUGGGAUAGAGAAAUUAGUAGAGAAGAUAUAAAUGAUAUUUGGACAAGAGUAACAGAAUUAAAGCCUUCACUUAAACAUUCAGAGGUUGUAAGUGAAUGGUGUGGAUUACGUCCAGAUCGUAAGGGAGGCGUUAGACUGGAACAUAAAUUGCUAGAAGAUGACAAAACAAAUAAACAAAUUCAUGUAAUUCAUAAUUAUGGACAUGGCGCAAAAGGAUUUUUAUUGAGUUGGGGAUGUGCAAGAGAAGUAUUGGAAUUAAUAAAGAAUAAUGGAAUCUGUGAAUAA